AUGGCUUCAACCGAGGAUUUAAAUCAGUUGGAGCCGACUUUUAUGUAUACACAGCUAUUCAAGGAAAUUCUUCUUGAUAUCAAACAUGAUGAACAGGCGGUUCAACAAUUUGCUGCUUAUUGUCGAAAUAAUAACAGCUUAUCACCAAUCAACACUAAACGUUUUGGGAAAGAAUACGAUGCUCAGUCAGCUAUUUGGUGGUACAGUUUCCCAUCCAAUAUUUAUUCUAUGCUCAAUUAUGCUCUUCGAACACUCGACGCUGAUGUAAUUAUUACUAUGGGUUUUUUUAUAUGUCAUCUGCAUCAACAAAUACAACUGUUAUACGAACAACAGAUCAAUAAUUACGGAAGAAAGCCUUUUUUAGUUUAUCGAGGACAGCGUCUUAUGAAAUCAGACCUUAAAAAACUUCAGAAAGCAAAAGGUGGACUUAUGUCAUUUAACAAUUUCUUGUCCACCAGUACAGAUAAGGAACUGUCUCUCGAAUUUGCUGGACGUGCUUCUACAGAACUAAAUAAGGUAGGCAUUCUUUUUAUAAUGUCCAUUGAUCCUUGUAUUAAAUCAACACCAUAUGCCUCCAUCAAAGAAGAGAGUUAUUUUAAAGAAGAAGAAGAAAUUCUCUUCUCAAUGCACACCGUCUUUCGAGUGAGUGCAAUUAAACAAAUGGACAAUAAGAAUCAGCUUUAUCAAGUUGAAUUGAAAUUAACAUCGGAUGAUGAUCAACAACUACGAGUACUUACUGAUCGGAUACGAGAGGAAGCUAGUGGCAGUACUGGAUGGAAAAGAUUAGGUAAUUUAUUGCUUAAAACUGGCAAAUUUAAUAAAGCUGAAGAACUUUAUAGUGUACUACUCGAACAGACAUCUAAUGAGGGUGAAAAAGCGCUUUAUUAUCAUCAACUGGGAUUUGUCCAUUCGAAUCAAGGUAGUUAUGAAAAGGCAAUUUGGUAUUACGAACAAGGACUCGAAAUUAAACAAAAAAAUCUUCCUUCAAAUAAUCCUGAAUUAGCUACUUCGUACAACAACAUCGGUAGUGUGUAUCACAAGAUGGGAGAGUACUCGAACGCACUUUCAUACUACGAAAAAGCACUUGAAAAUGAACAAAAAACUCUUCCUUCAAAUCAUCCUUUAUUGGCUACUUCAUACAAUAAUAUCGGUAGUGUUUAUCACAAGAUGGCAGAGUACUCGAAAGCACUUUCAUUCUACGAAAAAGCACUUGAAAUUGAACAAAAAGCUCUUCCUUCAAAUCAUCCUUUAUUGGCUACUUCACACAAUAAUAUCGGUAGUGUGUAUCACAAGAUGGGAGAGUACUUAAAAGUACUUUCAUUCUACAAAAAAGCACUUGAAAUUCGACAAAAAAGUCUUCCUUCAGAUCAUCCUUCAUUGGCUACUUCACACAACAACAUCGGCAUGGUGCAUCACAAGAUGGGAGAGUACUCGAAAGCACUUUCAUUUUACCAAAAAGCACUUGAAAUCUAUCAACAAGGUCUUCCUGCAAAUCAUCCGUCAUUAGCUACUUCAUACAACAACAUCGGUAGCGUGUAUGGCGGAAUGGGAGAGUACUCAAAAGCACUUUCAUUUUACGAAAAAACGCUUGAAAUUCGACAAAAAACUCUUCCUUCAAAUCAUCCUGAUUUUGCGCAGUCAUACAACAACAUCUCUAAGGUGUAUUACAAUAUGAACGACUAUACAAGAGCACUUUCAUAUUUGGAACGUGCUCUGGACAUUUUCCAACGUGCAUUACCUCCAACUCAUCCUCAUAUAAAAAGUGUAAAACAAAGUAUUGAAACUGUUAAAUGUAUGAUAAAAAACAGUUUAUAA